GCGUGCCCGGGCGCUGCAUGUCUAGCCUCUCCGCCGCGCCUGCCGUCCCCGUCCAGCCCCCCGUUCUCGAAUUGCUGAGCCACCUUCCAGGAGCGUUCCGGCGGUCGGAGACAAGCCGGCUCCGGCCGGCGGAACGCGUAUACCUAGCGUACGGUAAUAAUUGAUUAACCAUUAGCCAUGGGCAGCCUCUGCUCCAAGGAGCAUGUCCGGGAUCCUCCCCUGCCGGCGCCGGCCCCGGCGGACUUCAGGCAGCUGCACAAGGCGCCCAGCCAGUCCCUCAAGCAGCUCAUCACGCUCACCGCCAAGGAGGACUCCGCCGUCGUCGCGCCCGUCGUGCACGCCGUCAUCACCCGCUCCGAGUCCAGCGUCAAGCCCCGGCCCAAGCCUCACCCCCAGCCACAGCCGGCCCCGGUCGCCGCAGAGAAGAAGACCCCGGUCGUCGUGAUCGCGUCCCUCAACAAGUCCUGCAGCACGGCCGGGGCCGCCCUGCCCACGCACCACCGCCGCGCCACCGUCGACGCUGCCGCAGGCCGGAACCCGGUCCACGACGCCGCCCAAGACGCCGCGGACGACAACAGCCCAUACGGUGACGUGCCGCAAGGGUUCUCGGGCGAGCACGUGAUCGCCGGGUGGCCGACGUGGCUGACGUCCGUCGCCGGGGAAGUCGUCCACGGGUGGCUGCCCCGGCGCGCCGACACGUUCGAGCGGCUGGACAAGAUCGGCCAGGGCACCUACAGCAACGUGUACAAGGCCCGGGACCUGGAGACCGGCAAGAUCGUCGCCCUCAAGCGCGUCCGGUUCGUCAACAUGGACCCGGAGAGCGUGCGGUUCAUGGCCAGGGAGAUCCACAUCCUCCGCCGGCUCGACCACCCCAACGUCAUCCGGCUCGAAGGGAUCGUCACGUCGCGGCUCUCCCACAGCCUCUACCUCGUCUUCGAGUACAUGGAGCACGACCUGGCCGGGCUCGCCUCCAUCCCGGGCCUCCGGUUCACGGAGCCGCAGGUCAAGUGCUUCAUGAGCCAGAUCCUCGACGGGCUCCACCAUUGCCACAGCCGGGGUGUGCUGCACAGGGACAUCAAGGGCUCCAACCUGCUCAUCGACGACAACGGCGUCCUCAAGAUCGCUGAUUUCGGGCUCGCCACCUUCUUCGACCCGGCCAAGCCCAAGUCGCUCACCAGCCGGGUCGUCACGCUCUGGUACCGCCCGCCGGAGCUCCUCCUCGGAGCCACCGAGUACGGCGUCGCCGUUGACUUGUGGAGCACCGGAUGCAUCCUCGCCGAGCUGCUCGCUGGGAAGCCCAUCAUGCCCGGACAGACCGAGAUCGAGCAGCUCCACAAGAUCUUCAAGCUCUGCGGGUCGCCGUCCGAGGAGUACUGGGCCAAGGCGAAGCUGCCGGACGUGACGCUCUUCAAGCCGCAACGGCCGUACCGACGCCGGAUCGCCGAGACCUUCCGGGACUUCCCACCCACAGGGCUCGACCUCCUCGACACGCUCCUCGCCAUCGAGCCUUCCGACCGGGGCACCGCAGCGUCGGCCCUCGACAGUGAAUUCUUCAGAACCAAGCCGUUGGCGUGUGACCCGUCCAGCUUGCCCAAGCACCCGCCCAGCAAGGAGUACGACGCCAAGCUCCGCGGCAAAGAGGCCAUGAUGAGGCAAAACGCGGCGGCCAUCGGAGGCAAGGGCUCCAUUUCGGUGAAGCCCGGGAGGAACGAGGCCAUGCCCAAGGCAGCGCCAGCGCAAGAAGCCAUUGGAGUAGACCACCAGAGGAGGCAGCAGGCGGCGGCGCGCGUCAACACGAAGAGCAGCAGCCACCACUACACCGCGCUGGAGGACAGCGUGGCCGGGUUCCGCAUGGAGCCGCCCGCUGCGCCGGCGCCGUCGACGAUGCAGAUGCAGAUGCAGAGCGCGGGGCAGUUCGGGUCGACGUGGUACCGGAAGGACGAGCACCACCAGCGCGGCGGCAUGAAGCGCACCACCAGCUCCCUCAGGGUGUCCAACCUGCCGGUGGCGCACCACCUCACCUCGCAGAGGUCCUGCGCGCCGUCCCGGGGCGGCACCGACCUGCACCCGAGCUCGUCGGCCGUCAGGAACACCAACUCCAAGUACAACCGCCUCGACGUCGCCGAGCCCGCCAACGCGCUCGACCGGCCCGGCCCUGGCGCCGGCAAGAAGGACAUGGGCAUCAGGGACGCUCCUUCAGCUUAUCAGGGCCAGGGGUUCGGGGGUCGGAACAGGAGGAUGAACUACUCCGGGCCGCUGGUGCCGCCGGGAGGGAACAUGGACGACAUGCUCAAGGAGCACGAGCGGCAGAUCCAGCAGGCGGUGCGCAAAGCACGGGUGGACAAGGAAAAGACCAACAACAACAGCAGCAGCAGGAGGAACAAUUACUGACCGCCGAAAAGGAGCGAGACGACGAUCAUCCACGAACACCACGGUCAUCCUGGGAACCGCAGCCGGUUGUGCUUGUGCGUGCACAGAAAGAUCUCCAGCCAACCAUGGCGCCUCCCCGAGCUCGAGCUCGGGCACGGCGCCGCUGCUGCUGCGCCCGCUGCCGUCGGAGAGUCAGGCUUGCCUUGAUCCAUGUGUAUAAUAGCAGUGUUAGAGGGAUCUGGGUAGCCUGGCGAGGGAAAACAGCACCGGGUUGUAAAGAUGGAAAAGGAGUGUGUGUAUGUAUGUGCUGCCGAUCGACCUCACCUCAUGCAACAGAGUCCACUUCAUGGCUUAGUUUGCGAAUCAAUAGCCACGAGAAGGGAAUGAAUCAGGCUGUUCGAAACUUCUCAGCUUCGCAUUUUUAUACUUUAUUUGUCUAACAAAAGAUGUCUCAAGUUUGUCAAAA